GGUUUCGCAAUUUUCGGCUUGGUCGUCGGCCCUUCCCUUGGUAACCAUACUCCAGGGCUACGUCCUGGCUGUCCCCUGUGCCAUCCCUAGUGCCGGCCUAUCCUUGACUCCGCUAGGUGGCUGCCAUGUCCUGCAACCUUUGAGCUGCUGCCAGUGCACCAACAUAUGUCUCUUGCCUAGCAACCUCUUGCCAGAGGAAACCAGCGUACAGUCUGUAUCUUCCUUUGUUUGUCGACCCCUCCCAUGUCGGCGGCGGUGGUCCUAGUAUCGUCCGGUUCCACAUCCUCGUCAUGGUUUCCUCCUCUUCCUUUCCAACCUCUUUCGCUAUCCCCCUCAUGCCAUCGGCCAUCCCCCUCCUGUUGUGAUCGAAGCCCAGCCCGUCGUUGGUGAGGCCCUCGAGUACGUCUUCGACGCGACGGGAACCUCACUAGCCUUAUCCUGCGUCACCAUGGCAGCAGUAGCAUCAUGGCACAGGCGUUGUCCAAGAAUGCGGUCGGUGGCAAGGCAAGGCGAACCCAUUCGUCUCAUCUCCUUUGUCGAUAUCCCGACCUCCCUCAGCAGACAAUCCAGCCCUCGCCUAGUCGUGCGCCGCCGACAACCUCAAUAUGUCCCCGUUCCAAACCCCGCACUGCCUUGAUGUUGAAGACGCCAAUCAAUCUCGUCGAGGUUAGGAAGGAGUCGCCCUGGGUUAAAUACUUCGGCAAGGUUCCGUCGUCGUCAUCGCCCUCGAUUAAGGUCUUAGCUUCGUCACUAUGUCACGUCGGGUGCCGUCGUGGUUGGCUACUCAGGUCGGAGAGCGGUCCCAAGAGAGGGCGAGGUGUAGUCGGAGGUGUGUUACUCAGGGGGUUCUUAUACUUUCCGGAGAUCCAAUGGAGAGGACGAUCAGGUGUGGCAGUGGAACAGGCCCGAUAUAUAGGAAUCCGGGGAUCCAGUCCGCCGCCCGUCCCAACUUCCUUUCGGGGAGUAGAAAUCUGGGGACUCUCCAACAGCAUAUCGACCGUGGCGGCAGAUCAUGACCUCUUUUGUUGUUGGAGGAUACCCCGAAUGCAACGCAAUAUGCGCGUCGAUAUCCUGGUUCCAACUCCGUUAUCCGGCCCCUAUAUCUGGCUCGGCUACGUAACGUGUGAGAGCCCCCUCUCCCCCCGGUCGAAUCACCAGCCCCAGCAGUGCGGACGCCUUGCGCCAAGUCAGCGGCGUGACUUGGCGAAAGAGGUCCAGCCUUCCCUGACUGAAGUCUAUUCGUCCAUCCGUUUCAUGUUUUCCGUGGGGUGUGUGCUACGUUGGUGACUGAGCCAUUAGCUGCCCCGGACAAAGUGGCUUGCAUGGACGGUCAGAAGAAGCAUCAUUACAUGACAUCAACUCCCCGGCCCCCCCGCCCGACACCCCACCAUGCGUCCCGGAUAAUCCUCCAA